UUCUAACAAAACCGGUCGAUUUUUAUUUACGCAUACAAGUAAAACAAUAAUUCGCUUUAAAUUGUCUAAAUCUAAAAUAUGGGUGACUUACUGGAAGAAGAUUUGGAGUUUAGAGGCGGCACUCUUCAACUAUCCGCUGAAAAUGUUCAGAUUGGAAAUGUCGAUCGUAGUGACAAUACAAUAAGACUUCCCCAAAUCAACCCCUCUGUGCUCUCAGGGGCAGAUUCUUUGUCGUCCUCGGGAUCCUUUGCAGAUGCAAGAACGGAUGGUCAGCCCAAUAACACAACAAAUACAGAGGAAGGGGCACAUACUGUCUACCCUCGAUAUGAUGUGCCUUUUGAUAAGGAGAACAUAAAGGAUUUCUUUACAUUUCGUAAGGGAGUUGUGGAGAAUGCCAUACAGGACUGUAUAACUGCCUUACUGUUUCCGGAGGAUGGGGAAUAUUUGGGCUCAUGGCUACUCACUGAGAUAACACUCUGGGAUAAUGAAAAAGAGAGGAUUGUACUUCUCACCUCAAGGCUUGUGAUGACAAUAAAGUAUGAUUUCAUAGCAAUGAAGCAGUUGGAUUUCAAGAAGACUUAUUUAGAUGAUUUGGAUACAAUUGUCAUUGGAGAGCUAGUGUAUCCCCCAUCGUCAUUAGUACCACGUCUUAACGGUAUAGCGACUGGUGUAACAACAGUGGUGAAAGACGUAGUCAUCGACCGUCUUUGCCGGCGACCGUCUGGCGCUGAUGAGGAGGCUAAAUUGUUCGAUCCCAAGUAUUUUGAACCUAGAGAGCGGAACUUACGCGGCGUGCGUCUAAUGUGGAACAAGGGCGAGGCGCUACCGCUGAAGACAGUGUGGAACCCAUUCAGCCAAGAUGUGCCUUUCCUUACCUUCGCCUCGCAUCCUAUUUAUUGGCAUAAAGACGGUGGCGUGGAAGAACGCGCGACUUUUGACAUGGAGAUCUUCGCUCAAAAACUCCAGCGGGCCAUCGAGUGUAUGCCGGCGUCGGCGUGCUGCAUACACCACUCGCCCAUCGUGAUACAGAGCUACCUGGGCAUCACCUCGCUACUCCACAACAAAACCAGCAUGGGCUUCUUCAAAGUGAGGGGAAAAUUUAGCUUCUAAGUAGUGUUGGAUUAUAGUUGAGAGGUGGAUUGGAAAUGGGUUGGAAUGUAGACGCAAUCGUCGUAGGCGUUUUAGUGUUAUACAGCAUGGUGAUUACGUGUCUCGAGACAGAUAAGCAACAGACAAUUGACAGCAGAUGUCGUGCAAUAUUCGCUGUUAAUUGCCUGUUGCUUACCUGUCGUAAGAUACGUUAUUGCCCUGUGGGUUUGUG